GAAAUUUCUGCUCUUGAGGCAAUGGCUACUCGACUGAGAAUUCACAGCAUCAGGUCAACGAAUGCUGCAGGGAGCGGACAUCCCACAUCAUGCUCCUCUAUUGCUGAGAUAAUGUCGGUGUUGUUUUAUCAUGUCAUGCGGUACAAAGUUUCUGAUCCAAGGGAUCCAGCAAGUGACAGAUUCAUCCUUUCAAAAGGACAUGCCGCCCCCAUAUUGUACGCAGCGUGGGCAGAAGCUGGUCUAUUUCCAAUCGAUGAUAUACUCAAUUUGAGAAAAAUUGACUCUGAUCUAGAAGGCCACCCGACUCCGCGUCUUUCUUUCGUGGAUGUCGCUACUGGGUCUCUAGGACAAGGUUUGAGCUGUGCUGCGGGAAUGGCAUUUGUUGGCAAGUACAUCGAUAAAUCCAGCUAUCGGAUAUACUGUGUUAUUGGAGAUGGUGAAUCAGCCGAAGGUUCAGUUUGGGAAGCAAUAUCUUUCGCCUCUCAUUAUAAGCUUGACAACCUUGUUGCCAUUUUCGAUGUCAAUAGGCUGGGACAGAGCGAACCUACAUCUUUGCAACAUAAUACAGAUGCGUAUAAGGCAAGGCUUGAAGCAUUUGGAGCUACCACAUGCGUAGUAGAUGGACACAAUAUUACAGAAUUAUGUAAGAAAUUAGAUGAUGCUAAAAAGACGAAAGGGUAUCCAUCAGUUAUUAUAGCAAAAACGUUUAAAGGAAAAGGAUUUCCUGAUAUAGAAGAUCAGGAAAGCUGGCAUGGAAAGCCGUUGGGAACCAAAGGCAUUGACAUUAUAAAAGUUCUACAAGAAGAAUUAUCUAAAAAUGAAUCCGCUUCGAAAAAACCAGAUAUUACAGCUCCUGAAAACGAGCUUUUGCCAGUGUCUUUGUCAGACAUCAAAUUACAAGAUGAUCCAAGUUAUACCUUGGGAGAAAAGGUGGCUACUCGAAUGGCGUAUGGAACUGCCUUAACAAAGUUGGGUGCGAACAAUGAUCGCAUCAUUGCCCUUGAUGGCGAUACAAAAAAUUCCACAUAUGCUAUUAAAUUUCGAGAAAAGUUUCCAGAUCGUUUCAUAGAAUGCUUCAUUGCAGAACAAAACCUUGUUGGCGUAGCUGUCGGUGCCUCUUGCAGAGCCCGAACUAUCCCAUUCGUAAGCACCUUCGCCACUUUUUUCACCCGGGCAAUGGAUCAAUUGAGAAUGGCUGCCAUUUCUCAAGCAAACAUUAAAUGCUGUGGAUCACACUGCGGAGUAUCAAUAGGAGAGGACGGUCCUUCGCAGAUGGGCUUGGAAGAUCUCGCCGUAUUUAGAUCAUUACCAGGAAGUACAGUGUUUUACCCAAGUGAUGCCGUGUCUACAGAAAGAGCUUGCGAACUGGCUGCGAAUAAAUUAGGAAUUUGUUACAUUAGAACUUCUAGACCAGAAACUCCGGUCAUUUAUGAGAAUUCCACAGUUUUUCAAAUAGGAAAAGCCCAGGUAGUGAAAAAGUCUGACAAAGAUCAAGUUUUGGUUGUAGGUGCGGGAGUUACUCUACAUGAAGCAAUACAAGCGGCGGAAAAGUUGGAAGCAGAGAACAUACAUGUCAGGGUGCUCGAUCCAUUUACUAUUAAACCCAUUGAUAAAGAUGGCAUUAUCCACAACGCCCGACAGUGUGGCGGAAGAAUUAUAUCCGUUGAAGACCAUUAUCCGGAAGGUGGCCUAGGUGAUGCAGUUUCAGAAUUUAUAUGCAAUGAAAAGGAUAUUACUUUGAGGAGAUUGGCUGUUACUGGACUUCCAAGAAGCGGACCUGGCGAUAUUCUUUUAGAAUUGUUUGGAAUUAGUAGCCAACGUAUUACUCAAGCAAUCAAAGAUACUGUCUUAUAAAUUAAAAUCAGAAUUUCGUUUACAAAAUGGUUUUUAUAGAAAAAGGAAUCUUUAGACGAGGCAUACCUUUUCAGAGAUGU